CUGCAUCCGUCCAGCCGCUCGGUCGAAGUUCUGCGAUUGGACGUCAUGCCAGGAAUCCAUGCGUUGAGACCUGUCCCACAUAUCAAGGAGGGCGGCUCGCGAAGCUUCCAGGCGCGGGGGGACGCUCUUGAGUCCUGACCAAGUCCUGACCAAGCCUGGGCGGCGCUGAGAAAUAGUGAUCAAUGGCCGAAUCGGCUACGCGGGGCUCCUUCUUUAUAGCGCAAGAUCCCCACUUGUUCUGAACGCUCAUCUCCAUCUUCAUCUCCAUCUCCAUCUUCAUCCUCAUCCACUCAUCGACUCUCAUCCAACAAUGGCGCCAGUCAAGAACGCCAAGUCCGUCUUCGCGGCCGUCCCCGAGGACUACCCCGUCCCCGGGAAGCACAUCGUGUACGACGACAAGGACACGAUCGACCCGGACACCGUUGCCUUGAACGGCGGGGUCCUCGUCAAGGUCCUCUUCCUCUCCAUUGAUCCCUACUUGCGCGGGCGCAUGCGGCCCAGCAACUUUAGCUCGUAUAUCCCCUCAUUCGAGCUCGGCCAACCCCUGGUCAACUACGGCGUCGGCGUCGUCGUGCGCUCUGAGGACAAGUGCUUCAAGGCCGGCGACCAUGUCUAUGGCCUCAUUCCUUUCCAGCAGUACAUCAUCGUCCCCGGCGCCUCCCUCCGCGUUCUCCCCAACACGCACAACAUCCCCUGGUCCGUGUACGUCGGCAGCGCGGGCAUGCCGGGCAUGACCGCGUACGCGGCGUGGAAGGAGUAUGCGGAUGUGAAGGAGGGCGACGUCGUCUUCGUCUCCACCGGCGCCGGCGCCGUCGGCUCCCUCGUCGUCCAGAUCGCUAAGAUGGCCGGCUGCAAGGUCAUCGCGUCCGCCGGCUCCGAGGACAAGGUCAAGUUCAUGAAGGAGAUCGGCGUCGACGUCGCAUUCAACUACAAGACCGAAAACACCGCCGAGAUCCUGAAGCGGGAAGGCCCUAUCAACGUGUACUGGGACAAUGUCGGCGGCGAGACUCUCGAGGCAGCGAUGGAGAACGCGGCGGAUGGAGCGCGGAUUAUUGCCUGCGGUGCCAUCUCCGGCUACAACACUGGCACGGUACCGAUUCAUACCUGGGAUCUCGUCUUCCGCAAAUCCCUCCACAUCCACGGCUUCAUCGUCUCCCGCAUCCAAGGCAAGUACAUGGACGCCUUCUACAAGGAGGUUCCCGAGUGGAUUGCGACUGGGAAGGUCAAGAUCCGGGAGGAGAUUGCGGAGGGACUGGACAAGGUCGGAGACCUGUUCGUUGCGGUGCAGAAGGGGUACAACACAGGGAAGGCGGUGAUCAAAGUGGCGGACGAGUAGGUGGGCAGUGGUGGGCAUGGACCCUGAAAUGUCAGCGUGAAAAUGUAUUAUAGUCGUAAGGGAAUAACGAGAAUUAUUUUCUCUGACCAUGGCACUCGAAAAGGAGCGUGCACUGUCACUACGCACGAGAACGAC